AUGACAUUGAUGUGUGGUUUUCUUGGUACAGGAUCGACAUUUGAAUCAGAGAAAAUAAAUAAUGAUGGUGUCAAUCUUGGAUGUGACGAAGGUGCAGGUAAUGAUCAAAGUAUUAUUGGAAAGGUUUUCGAUACACCCAAUGAUGCGUAUACAUUUUAUAAUGAUUACGCAUUUUUACAUGGAUUUGGUAUACGUAUUCAUUGGAAAUUUAAGAAUAAGACAACAAAUGAGCAUUAUCGGAAGACAUAUGUAUGCAACAAAGAAGGUUUCAAAUGCUUGAAAGUUAAUAAUUCAAGUGGAAAAGUGAUAAAACGUCGUAGAGAAGUAAGAACGGGAUGCAAAGCAAUGACUCGAAUUUCAAAACAGAAGGAUGAGAAAUGGAUCGUGGACAAGUUUAAUGACACACACAAUCAUGCCUUGAGCUUGACACCAACGAAGGUAAUGAAGCAUAGAUCGCAUGGGAAGUUCCACCGUACUAUGGAAUGCAGAUCUUUUAUGGUGCAAUUUGGUCAAGUAGGUUUGAAGCCUUCUCAAAUUAAAAAGGCUAUUAACGCAAUGAAAACUUCAGAUGAAGCCGAUGUUACUUCAAAGCAAUGUGCUGAUGUCUUAUCUGAGCAACGAAAACAGUAUAGGGGAAAGGAGUUUUAUGGACUUAUAAAGCAUUUCCAAGAUAAAGCAUUAGUGGAUAAUGACCAGUAUUUUGUUGUGGACUUGUGUGAUGAUGGUUCUCCUAGAAAUAUAUUUUGGGCUGAUGGAAGAUCAAGAGACGCCUAUACUAAGUUUGGAGAUGUUGUUGUGUUUGAUGUCACUUAUAUGACAAACAAAUACAAAAUGCCAUUUGCUCCCUUUGUAGGGGUUAAUCAUCAUCAGCAAUCUAUACUUUUUGGUGGAGCAUUGCUAGAAAACGAAAAAGAAGAAACAUUUGUAUGGUUAUUCGAGAAUUUUCUAAAGUGUAUGUUUAGCAAGCAUCCAAAGGCAAUUAUUACGAAUCAAGACAAAGCGAUGGGUAAUGCGAUAAAAAAAGUGUUUCCAAACAAUCGACACCGCUUUUGUGAAUGUCAUAUUGAAAGGCACGAACUGGAACACAUUCGCCCAUUUGUUGCCCGUUAUAGUGAUUUUCAGGAAUCUUAUAGACAUUGGGUAAACAGUGACACCAUUGAAAAAUUUGAAAAAAAGUUUGAAGUUAUGUGUAGUAGGUAUAACCUGGAACAUAAUUGUUGGAUAAGUGAAAUGUAUAACCAACGGAUACAUUGA